UUCCAAUUGCUAAUCCAGCAUUUGUGGAUAGCUGCAAACUGGGAUAUAUGGGCCAACGUUGCUCAGGUGAUUGGUUUACUGACUUCGCACACAACUGAGCUCCAGGAAAAUACACCUGUUGUUGAGUUUAAAGAAUAUUGGCAGAGAAAGAGCGGUAGAGUUACAGCAGGAGCGAAGAGGAACAGGAAAACAAAUGGCAGUAUCCCUGAGACAGCCACUUUUGGUGGUUGCCAGUCACCUGGGGAUUCAGCAACAGCUUUCCACGGAGAGGGCCCUACAUCAUCGGCUACCCUGAAGGAUCUGGAGAGCCCGUGCCGAGAACCGGCAGUAGUCUGGGAUUCAAGGUCCGUAAAAGUCAAUGAACUGAAGAACACCAUCGAAUCUUUGAAACAACAGAAUAAAGACCUGGAACAUCAACUGGAAGAAGAAAAGAAAGAAAACAACAAGAGACGCCAGGCCGAAUGGGGGCUAGAAGUUCAAAUCAAGGUACUGAAUAUAGAGAAAAAUAAGCUCCACACGGACCUGUGUCGCACAAAAGGUGUUCUCAGACACUUUGAAGAAGAGUCCAAGGAUCUGGCAGACCACCUGCAAUGUUCAUCGCAGUGCAUAGGAGAGUUGGAGCGGGCUCUCUCUGCUGUCGCCACAAAACAGAAGAAGGAUAUCAGUUUCUCGAGCCGCAGUAGAGAACUUAGCUGGUGGCGGUUAAAGAAAUCCACAGAGGAGAAGGCACGGCUGAAAACACAGCUAACACGGUUGAAGGAGUUGCUGACCCAAGUCCAAUUAGAACGAGAUCAAUAUGCUUGCCAAAUAGAAGGAGAGAGGGCCCGGUGGCAGCAGAGGAUGAGCAAAAUGUCGCAGGAGAUUGACACAUUGAAAAAAUCAAAAAAUCACUAUACGCAUCGGGUAGAGGAGCUGCGAUCCAAACUCAAAAAUCAGAUGGCUGAACCCCUGCCCCCGGAGCCCCCAGCAGUGCCCUCUGAGGUGGAGCUGCAGCACCUGAGGAAGCAACUCGAGAGAGUGGCAGGAGAGCUCCAGGCCCAGGUCGAAAAGAAUCAGCGCAUAAGUCUCCUGAACCGGGUCCAAGAAGAGAGGCUUCAGAAGCAGGAGGAGAGGCUCCAGGAACAGCAGGAGAGGCUUCAGCAGCUGGCCAAGCCACAGAGCGUCUUCGAGGAGCUGGAGAGCCUGGAAGCUACCAGCCAACAGAACCAGCAGCUAACAGCCCAGUUGGGCCUCAUGGCUUUCCCUGGGGAAGGAGAUGGAGGAGAACCUCGGCCCAUGCUGAGCGUCCCGGAGGACCUGGAGAGCGGGGAGGCCAUGAGCAGCUUUAUGGACCACCUGGAGGAGAAGGCAGACCUGAGUGAGCUGGUGAAGAAACAAGAAAUACGAUCCAUCCAGUACUGGCGAGAGAGAUGCCAUCAGAAAACCCAUCACCUUUUAACGGAGCCAGGGGGCCAUGCCAAAGAUGUGGCACUGGGAGGAGGAGAUCAUGAGGCUGGCCCAGGACAGGAAGGAGAUGAAGGUGAAGCUGCUGGAGCUGCAGCAGAUGGUAUCGGGGCCUGUGGCGACGACAACAAUGGGCACAGAAAAUUCCUGGCUGCUGCCCAGAACCCUGCUGAUGAGCCCGGUCCAGGAGCUCCAGCCCCCCAGGAGCUUGGGGCUGCAGACAAGCAUGGUGAUCUUUGUGAGGUGAGCCUCACCUCCUCUGCGCAAGGAGAGGCCAGGAAGGGUCCUCCCUGUGACAACCCUACUGCACAGCCAAUCGUGCGGGACCACCAGGAGCACCCAGGCUUGGGCAGCAAUGGCUGUCUUCCAUUCUUUUGCUGGGCUUGGCUGCCGAGAAGAAGGAGAUAAACAUCAUCAUCAUCAAAGAGCUGGCCAAGAAAUUUUUAAAUAAGAAACCAAGUUAUGGGGUUAAUCUCCGACACAAUUCAUUUAGUUCAUUUGAAUGUUAGAGCCACUCAUGAUUAUUUGUGUUUCUAAUUUAUAGUUUAAGUUUAUUUGUAAAAAGUUAAAAGAGAGUGGGCCUCUGUGGCUUUCACUGAUGUUCACUCUGGCAUCCUUUAGUAUUUUUCUUUUUUAAUUUCAUAAUUGUAGGUCAUUAGCAUGCAUAUCAAGUUUGCCCUUAUGUGGUGGGAGUUCAAACACGCAAAGACCCACUCUUUGCACAAAACUGUUCUCGUUGGUUUGGAAUAGGCUGCCAUGCUUUUUUAAUGUUAUUGCAGCAUGUAUAUUCAUUACAGAAUUCAGAUAAAAUUUGCCUAUGUUC